AUGCCGCGGGGCCAGCUGGCAGUUGUAGUCCUGAUAUUCACAACCACGCUCGCUCCUACCUUUAACACCCCGCCUCCGCUCUCGCAAACAACAGCCGCUCCGGAAAACCAACUGAACCCUGGAACGCAGGCUUUCUCUCCCACUGUGAAGGGAGCUCGGGGAAAGUCAGUCCUCUUAUAUCCUGGGAUCUCAGUCGGAUCGGACGUUUAUGAGAUUGUGUGGAAACUGACAUCACUCAGUAGCAGGAUAGUGCAAUACAUAAAGGAGAACACUGAAAUUUUCAUGGCUAAGUACGAGCGACGGAUAACUCUACAUCCCGGGAACUUCAGUCUGGAAAUCCAUGAUGUAUGGAGAGCGGAUGCUGGUGAUUAUGAGGUGACUGUUACCACAGGUUCAGGAGCUGAAUCCAAGAGGAUAGUUCGACUGGAGGUGUACGAGCCUGUGUCCGGAGCAAACAUCAAGUUCCAGUGCAUCCCCGGGAUCAGUGACGUCACCCUAACCUGCUCUGUGACCUCAGGCGACUCCCCCACAUUCAGGUGGUGGAGAGAAGAAGCAGCUGUGGGAGACAACAGCAACUAUCGCGCUUGGAAACACGGAGAGACGGUAGAGGUUCAUUACACAGCAGAGGUUAAAGAUGUUGUGUACAUGUGUGAGGCCUGGAAUGAUGUCAGUAAGGACAAGGCAUGGAUCUCACUACAGGAUGUCUGUAAACGCGACACACCGCUUCCAACAGAGAUGAGCACCGUUUACAGAGACUUCAGUGCAUGA